AUGACCUCUGGCAUCCGCUCCCUGUCUGCAACACACGAACAAUUAAUUGUUGGAUGGACUGGGGAAUUCCGCAGCAUUGCAUCUGACGAAAAGAUUGCAACAAACUCCGUGACCGAUAGCGACCGGGCGUUGCUCGAGACAGAAAUUGAAAGCUACAAGCCAUCUGACGCAGAGAAUCCAGAAAAAAUCACCUACAAGCCCGUGUGGCUGGACGACGCGAUUUCUGCGGGGCACUAUGAAGGAUAUUGUAAGACUACACUCUGGCCACUUUUUCACUACCUUCUUUGGCAAGACGUUACUUCCGAAAUCCCUGUUAAAGACGAGGGCUUUUCGGCUUACAAACAAGCAAACCAAGCAUAUGCCAAUGCAAUUCUUGCGAUCCUCAAACCGGGCGACCUUGUUUGGGUCCAUGACUACCAUUUACUCCUUGUUCCUCGUAUGGUUCGUACCGGCGCUCCGGAGGCACACAUUGGACUUUUUGUCCAUACACCUUUCCCCAGUAGUGAAGUCUUCCGUUGCCUCCCAAGGAGAAAGGAAAUCUUAGAUGGGAUGCUUGGCGCCAAUCUGGUCUGCUUCCAGACGUACUCGUAUUCUCGUCACUUUGCCUCCACUUGCAUCAGGGUUUGUGGAUAUGAAGCUGCCCCACUUGGUAUCGAUGUACAUGGAGCGCUAGUUGCAAUCUCUCAUAGUCCUGUUGGAAUUGACGCUGUUCGCGUUGAACGGGACUCUCAACGUCCUGGUAUUCAGCCCAAACUCCAGUCCCUGCGCUCCAUCUAUCAAGGCAAGAAGAUCAUCGUUGGUAGGGAUAAACUUGAUGCAGUGAAAGGCGUCGUCCAGAAGCUUCGUGCUUUUGAAAAACUCCUGCAAGACUAUCCCGAAUGGAUCGGAAACGUGGUCCUUAUCCAAGUUACAUCUCCUGCUCUGACUGAUUCCCCUAAACUUGAGCGUCAAGUUUCGGAACUGGUAGCCCACAUAAAUGGCGAAUAUGGUUCACUCGACUUUAUUCCGGUUCAUCACUAUCACCAAACAAUUAAGAAAGACGAAUUCUACGCACUUCUUUCGGUUGCAGACCUGGCGCUCAUCACACCCUUGCGUGACGGAAUGAACACCACUUCAAUGGAAUUCGUCAUCUGCCAACAACGCACGGGGAAAAGCCCUAUCGUCUUAAGCGAGUUUAUGGGUACAUCCCAUCACAUGUCUCAAGCUUUGCAGAUAAACCCAUGGAACCUGGGGGACGUGGCUGCAUCUAUCCACCGCGGCCUGACCAUGUCUAUCGAGGAUAAGGAGACUCGUCAAUCUGCUCUUUAUAAGAUUGUUACGACCUAUACGUCAUACAGCUGGGCUUCAAUGUUGGUCAAAAAACUGUUGCAACAGGUUGGGGCUGAGAAUACUGCGCACAACACACCUGUGCUGGACCGCUCGCUCAUGACCUCGAUGUACGAAAAGGCUUCCAAGCGGUUGAUGCUCUUCGAUUACGAUGGUACUCUCACUCCCAUUGUAAAAACACCCAGCGCCGCUGUACCCUCCAAGGAUACCCUCCGUGCCUUGGAAAAGCUGUCGUCGGACCCGAAAAACGUGGUUUAUAUUAUUUCAGGGCGAGACGGCGGCUUCUUGGAUCAACACCUUGGUCACUUCAAGCAGGUCGGGUUUUCGGCCGAGCAUGGAUGCUUUGUGCGGGAGCCAGGCCAGUCCGAGUGGAACAAUCUAGCAGCGAGCUUGGAUAUGAGCUGGAUGCCAGAAGUCCACGAGAUUUUCAAAUACUAUACCGAACGGACAACAGGUAGCUUUGUAGAACUGAAGAAGAGCUCAAUAACAUGGCACUACCGCGCGAGUGAUCCUGACUGGGGCUCCUUCCAGUGUAACCAAUGUCUCGACCUCUUGCAAACAAACAUUGCACCUAAGCGACCAAUUGAGGUACUCGUCGGCAAGAAAAACCUCGAAGUUCGGCCCAUAGCAAUUAACAAGGGAGAGAUCGUGAAACGCCUAAUGUAUGCUAAUCCUGACGCCGAAUUCGUCUUUUGUGCUGGAGACGACAAGACUGACGAAGAUAUGUUCCGUGCACUUGGCUCUCUUUUCCCCUCUGGCGUGACAACUGCGACUAUGGAGCCUCCUCUCUCGGCAGCGCUCACUGCUGGUGUAGAGCAGUCGUCCCUGAAACCCGUGCAACUUGCCAUGCCUCCUAAUGGUAUAUUCUCGACUACAGUUGGAGCGAGUAGCAAGAAGACUCUUGCGCGGUGGCAUGUCACAAGCCCCUAUGCUAUUGUAGAGAAUAUGCUGAGUUUAGUGGGAGAAACGCCCACCGCGGCAGAGGAGCCUGGCGAGCCAGACUCCAAGGCAAAUCUGUAG